AUGUUGACAUUGAAACCUUUGGUGCCUAUUACAUUAAAGCCUCGUUUUUUCUACAACAUUCCGCAACAUCGUGUCCAUUUCCGCAAAUCCCCAUUAAAGCUCAAGACAUAUGCUCAAAACGACGGCAACGACUCAGCGAAGGAGUCUUCUAAUGGCGGAAACAAACCGAUAAGUAGCGACGAUGAAAACGGUCCGAAGAAAGACGGAUUCGCUGGCUUCAGUUUCAAAUGGGGAGAGCUGUUGAAUCCGGAUCAAGACAACUUUGUGGCCAUUGGAUUAGCUGGAGUGUUGACUUGGGCUAGCCUUCAAGUUCUCUCACAGCUUUUCUUCAUCUCUUUCGCUAUCCUUGUCGCUGCUCUCAAGUAUUCUUUCAUCGCUGCGCUUCUCAUUUUCAUUCUCGUGACUCUCCUCUAG